AUGGCCACUAGAUGGUUUGGGUGUGGCGAGGAAACGUCGAUAGAUACACCGUCUGAUUCUGGCUCGGUCAUUUCUUCGUCUUCCACUUUGGUGGGCGAUCCUGCCGGGGUGCCCAAACCGGGCUACCCACCAUCAAUACCGCACCGCAGAGCCAUAUCAGCACUUUCGCUGGAUCGCAAGUUGCCCAAUCUAACGUCAGCUUCAAUUUCUCAAGCAUUGGUCGCUUCAAAUUCAUCAGCAGCCCCAGCAAUGCCGUUUUUGAAUCGUUCCAUGAGCAAUCCUUCACUGCCAUCGUUCAAGUUGAAAGAAACGCGGCUUCUGCGUCCCGAUGGCACAGAGUCUCUGUCCCCAGCUCAGCUAGGGAGACUGAUCGCCGAAGAACAUUCUGAAAAUUUGGUGAUUUUAGAUGUGCGGCCGUUUGUCGAUUAUACUCGCUCUACGAUCAUCAGUGCUCUUCACGUAUGUCUCCCGUCAACCCUUCUGCGAAGGAAGACAUUCAGUAUAGAUCGGUUGGUAGAAAAUCUUCCCGAGGACGUACGCAAGGCCUUCAGGGCAAAGGCCUUGGACCGCACCGAUUGCUCCAAGUUGAAAGUGGUCAUUUUCGAUAACACAGCCCAGGCCACUUCAGAUGACACUGUUGGCGUGAACUGCCACGGGAUGGCCUCUAAAUUUGCGGACGCCGACAAAUGGAGCGCAUCAGAAGAACAAAGACCUUCAAUCUUUAUUUUAAACCCUGGGUUUCCCGCAUUUGAAGCAUCUGAACCAUCAUAUACAGUAACUCCAUCAGCUGUCUCACCCCCAUCGUCAUCUAAUACACCUCAGAUCCCCGGAAAACUAGACUUUGCACCUUCGCUUGGCUCCAAGGCCAAACUUUUCAAUCAUUCCUCCUCUAUGAUGUCGCCUUCUUCUAAUCCUGAGUCACCUUUGCCAUCGUCAUCUCCAGCUUCAGCACUCUCAAAAUUCCAGCUGUCAUUAUCCUCAGGAACUCCUCCUCCUUUCAAACUUCCCAGAAACGAAGAAGUUUCCACUUUGGAGGCGUACCUAAGCGCUGUAGAGUUGGGUGAAAAACAGCGAAGCAUGGGUAAAUCAUCGCGCUCCUCUUUUGAGGAUUUGUCUUUGCCCACACCCCGCACUCCUUUCAAAUUUCCACUGGAUUCGAGCUCUCAAGACAGUGGUUCAAGUCACAGUGAUAUAACAACGAGCACUAGCAAACUUAAUUUCCAAAAGUCCCUAUUAUACAUGCGCGAGCAUUAUGGUCGGGAAGUCUUUGACUCAGUAAUACCGAAAUGGUUUCAAGAUCUAGCGAACGUAUCCAAGCUUGAUGUGGUUGCUCAAUUUCAAAAAAUUGAUUUACUGGAGAAGAAAAGGCUCAGUUCAUGUUUUUCAAACACUGGACAGUCUUCGGUUAAUGGUCGCCACAAAGAUUCCAAUUCCUUCCAAAUUCAAACAGAACAAUGUGCUGCAUCGUGGUUCGACGAAUAUGACUCGGAUGAGGAAGACCAGCACAUUUGCAUAUCUUCAGGUGUCGAACUUGGUUCUAAGAACAGAUACAAAGAUAUAUUUCCAUUUGAGCAUACCAGGGUAGUUUUGCAAAAAAAGAGCCCUUCUUUCGAAGAGGCACAAUCAAAUGAUAUCUGGGAUACUUACAUUAAUGCAAACUAUUUGGUAAAUCCGUUUGUGAGACUUCGAAAUCCUCCCGCUGUAAACUGCAUAAAUGUUCGCUACAUUGCAACGCAGGCACCUUUGAAGGCAACCAUCCAUGAUUUCUACACAUGCAUCUUGAAUAAUAACGUUCCUCUUAUUUUGACACUUACGGACGAGUUCGAAAAUGGUGUGGAGAAAUGUUACAACUUCUGGUCAGAGGGCAAUUAUGACGGAAUCCAGAUCAAGCUUUUGGAGGAGUACAAUAUAGAGGCCUCUGCUGAGCUGGGGAUCAACACUGGUCCAGUAGUUCUGAGAAGAAUUCAGAUAAAUCAGGUGGACGGUGAAGUUCAUGAGACGCUUCAGGCGCAGGUCCGGAACUGGCCCGAUAUGGGAAUAAUGGUCAACCCACGUCAGGUUUUGGAAAUCGUCUGUUUAAAGAAUCUUGUCAUAAGAGAGCUUUUCGACAAAAACGUUUAUCCGGCUGGGUAUCUACCUACUAUUUUGGUGCACUGCUCUGCAGGCUGUGGACGAACGGGUACGCUCUGUGCGCUCGACACUGUGUUGAGCAACGCAUCGAAGCUGGACGGACUGAAAGAAGAGUGGGCAGGUAGAAAAACAGCCAAGGAAACGAAUCCAUGGUCGCCGCAUCCCACCAAUUGUCUCGAUGGUAAGCUUUUCGACCCUGUUAUCAUUACCAUAAACAAGUUCCGCAAACAGAGAAUAUCCAUGGUUCAAAACGUGAACCAGUACCUCUUUAUUUAUGACUGCCUGCUAUCUUACUUUGAUCUGUGCUUGCAAUCAAAGGAGUGUCCAGGAGGAUGUCCUCCGGUGCUUUGGAAAGGCGCUGAAGGCUUAGGUAUCGUACAGAGAUUCCUGGAGGCUAAGGUUGGCGAGAAACCAUAA